CGGCGGCAAAAGGGCACUAGAUAUUGGCUUUUAGAAUGACGGUCCAGGGCCAGGUGAUGCGUGUAAUAACAAUAGAAACAGCUCAGCCUCUCGGGUCAAGCCGAUUCAUAGUAGUGGCGUAGGAGGAGUCGUAGUUCGUAUAUGGGUGCACACGAAGUGAAUGUGUGGCUGAAGACACGCUAUUAUGAAAUUCGAGGCUGUGCAGUCCGAGCUCCCCACCACCAACAACAGAAUCAUUGGGCUGUGGCUCACCCCUGCUCCCCCACGACAAUCCUUAACCCCUCCAGGUAGAUUCACUCGCGGGGCGGGAGGCCCCUCCACAUGAAGCCCUGGUGCGUAAGCAAUCUCAGCCCUCUGAGGUAAGUAUAUCUCUCAUCCUUCAUCUCCCGUUCACUCACACCUAUAAAUCAUCCUCCUCCCCAUCCUCAUCAUCGCCUCCAUCAAGCAAACUCCAUCCAAACCACAACCUACGUCUCCCUUCCUCAACCUACCGACCUAAGCAACAAAAUGUCAAGCAACGACUACUACGGAGGCGGCGGCGGCGGCUACAACCAGCAACAGAACUACGGCGCUCCUCCCCAGGGACAAGGCGGCUAUCCUCCACAGCAACAACAAUACCCUCCCCAGCAACAAGGAGGCUACCCCCCUCAACACCAAGACCAAUACGGCCAACAGCAACAACAAGGCUACAACCAGCACGGCGGCGCACCCCAAGGCUACCCUCCCCAGGGCCAGUACCCGCCCCAGCACCAAGGCGGCUACGACAACCGCGGCGACCCAAACUCCCAGCAACAACACGGUUACCAGCAACAGGGCGGCUACCCGCCUCAGGGACACCAGCAGCAGGGCCAGUACGGCGCUCCUGGUCAAGCCUAUCCGGGUGGCGGACAGGAGGGUGACAGAGGUCUGGGAGCUACGCUGAUCGGCAGUGCCGGAGGUGGAUUCUUGGGACACCAGAUGGGUGGAGGUAUGCUCGGAACGGUUCUCGGUGGAGUUGCGGGAGCAGUUGGAGCGAAUGUCCUGGAGGGCAAGCACAAGAAGAAGAAGAAGGAGAAGAAGGACAAGAAGCACAGGAAGAGGGGUGGGUCGAGCAGCAGCUCCAGCUCGGACUCCGACUAAAUGUUGGGGGUGUCGCGAGAUACUCCCAGGGGAUGGGAUCGGUUUAGUUAAGGGUAUGAGGGGUGGAUUUCUGUUGGCGCACUAAGGUGGUUGAGUGCUACGAACUGUUAUGCUUGGCCUAUGGCACUUUUGAUGUUUUUUAUGAAUGGGCUUUUUCUAGCUGGCUGUAUCUAUUCGUUGAGUGCGAGCGGAGAUUUCUAAUGCAGGACAAUAGAGAUAGCUUAGAGUGAAAGCUACAGCUGCCUCAGCUUUCUUUUGAACAAUUGACGAAGAGCGUUUAGGGUUGUCCAUAGCUCUAUUUAUUAAAUUACCCGCAAGUUCCUGUCAAUACAU